AUGCACUCAGUAAAUGUCUCUCUGGUGACUAAAUUUAUUCUGAUUGGAUUAACAGAUCAGCCUGAACUCCAAAUGCCCUUGUUCUUUCUGUUCCUAGCAAUGUAUUUGGUCACUGUUUUGGGAAAUUUGUGUUUGAUAAUUCUGACCAUGAUGAAUUCUCACCUGCACACUCCUAUGUACUUUUUUCUCUUCAACUUGUCAUUUAUAGACCUCUGCUACUGUUCUGUGUUUACUCCCCAGAUGCUGAUUAACUUUGUAUCGAGGGAGAAUGCAAUAUCUUAUUUGGAAUGUAUGACCCAAGUUUAUUUCUUUGUCUUCUUUGCGGUUUCUGAGUGCUUUGUGUUGACUUCAAUGGCAUAUGAUCGCUACAUGGCUAUCUGUAAUCCAUUGUUAUAUAAUGCUGUCAUGUCUCCAAAACUAUGUUUGAACCUUAUGUUUGGUUCCUACUUUAUUGCAUUUUCUAAUGCUGUGGCUCACAUUGUGUGCAUGCUAAGACUGACAUUCUGUGAUGCCAACACCAUCAACCACUACUUCUGUGAUGUUCCUCCUUUGCUCCAGCUCUCCUGCACGAGCACAUAUGUCUAUCAGGUUGUAAUUCUUAUUGUUGGGAGCAUCGACGUGAUUGUUCCUACUUCAACUAUAUUUAUCUCGUAUGGUUUCAUCUUUUCCAGCAUCAUCCACAUCAGUUCCUCUGAGGGUAGGUCCAAAGCCUUUAACACCUGCAGCUCCCAUAUCCUUGCUGUUUCUCUUUUUUUCAGUACAGGUACACUUGCAUAUUUCAAACCCUCCUCAGCUGGGUCUAUAAAUGUAGGAAAAGUCUCUUCUGUUUUUUAUAGCAAUGUGGUUCCCAUGAUGAACCCAUUAAUCUACAGCUUGAGGAACAAAGAUAUUAAAUUUGCCCUUAAAAAAACCCUGAUUAGGAAGAAUUUUUGA